AAGUGCGUGUUUGCAGGAGGACGUCUCGAGCUUGCAGGGCGCUAAAGCCCGGGUGGUCAAAACUCACUCAUUUAAAUAGUAUUGCCGUAUCAAGAAUAACCACCCGCUUAACUGCUCCAUCACGAGCUACAGGGAACAGGUUGCCUGGGAAACGGCCGCAUGGCAACAGGAUCAGAGCCGGGGGGUUGUCUGCUGCUAGCUCUGCUCCCGUUUCCCAUUUCCUCACUAGAUGGUGUGCAAGCCACUGGAGAGUCGACUUCCUCCCGCGGUCAGGUUCCGAUCAAAACAAAUCUGGGAAACUACACGGAACGCCAUUUCUCGGGGUUUUCGCGGAGGAUUAUUAUAUUUUCAUCCAGAUACUUAUAUUUUUAUUUUUGAUAACGGCGCGGAUCGUGCUCCAUUCGGCGGUGAUGGACAUAAUGAUUGCAGUGCAGGAUGCGUGCGUCUCCGGUCAGUGGCUCACCGCUAUAAUUCUUAGUCUUUGCUGCUUUUUACCAUCGUGUUUGCCCGCUGGACAAACUGUGGACUAUGCGUCCAGCGAGAGCGUGGUCAGCAGACAGGGAGACACCGCGCUGCUCAGAUGCUACCUGUUGGAUGGGAUCUCAAAAGGAGCAUGGUUGAAUCGUUCCAGUAUCAUUUACGCAGGGAAUGACAAGUGGUCAGGGGAUCCUCGCGUGUCCAUCGUAUCAAAUGUGGGGGAUAAACACGAAUACAGCUUACAGAUACAGAAAGUGGAUGUAACGGACGAGGGCUUGUACACCUGCUCGAUACAGAGUGAACGCAAUCUGCGCCCAAAACUCAUUCAGUUAAUUGUAAAAGUUCCUCCCAAAAUCUAUGACAUUUCAUCGGACAUUACGGUAAACGAAGGCAGCAAUGUUUCACUCAUCUGCUCAGCCAGUGGGAAACCAGAGCCCAAAAUCUCUUGGAGACACAUCUCCCCAUCAGCCAGGAAGUACGAAAGCGGGGAGUAUUUAAAUAUCACAGGCAUCACUCGGGAUCAAGCAGGGGACUAUGAGUGCGGUGCCGAAAACGACAUUGCUUCACCCGACACCAAGACCGUGAGAGUCACAGUCAACUUUCCUCCAGCAAUCCAUGAGAUGAGAAGUCACGGGGUUCGACCCGGUCAGAUUGCCCUGCUGAGAUGUGAGGCAGCAGCUGUCCCCUCUCCAGUCUUUGAGUGGUACAAGGGAGAGAAAAGGAUUAACAUGGGCCAAGGAAUAGACAUCAAGAACCUCAGCUCCAGAUCAGUUCUCACAGUGAAGAACAUGACACAGGAUCGCUAUGGCAACUACACCUGUGUGGCCGUCAACAGGUUGGGAACAGCCAACGCCAGUGUGCCUCUGAUUCCAAUUAUUGAACCCACAACAACUAGUGCUGUCUCAAGUCCAGGAGGGUUGGAUUAUGUGUAUUCAGAAAGAAGCAAUACAUACGCACCCAACACCGCUCCGUAUGGAAGUACAGGAGGCGCUGAAGUCCUGCUGGCCUGCCGGUACCUGAUCCUGGCUCUCUCUUCUCUCGUCAGCGUUUACUAGCCCUGGGGACGGCCAUACACAAUGACUGUAAAGAACCCUUUUGAGCAUUUACAGAUCCUUUGACAUUGCUGAUGGCUGGAUCCAAUCUGGUACAGUGUGUUUGGAAAGCAGCGAGGGAUUUUAAUCAGCAUUGCUUAUGUUGGGAUGGUAAUUUUCUUCUGUGGUGUUUGUCAUCAUGUAAAUACAUACAGUUUUAGGGGGUUGGUUUUCUUUCUCUUGUCUUAUUUUCUAUUCUUUUCUUAUUUUCUUUUCCUGAUUUCCCACUUUGUGAAUCAGCACACAUUGUCCCCUUCGAACGCUCACAAAUGAGCCAAAAUCAGGCUUUGAAAAUAGCGAGGGUGUGUGGCAUUAGUGUCUUUGUUAUUGAAAAAGGAAAGACACCCUAGUGUGCCACCUUGCUCACCGUGCUGGUACAUCAUUCACACGCCCAUAAAGCGAGCAAAAUGUUUAAAUAAUACGGUUUUUGGUGAGCUCAUUUAAAUCCGGUGAACCAAGAAGCACUGUUUAAGAUUUCACAAAGGGAGAGAUAUUGAAAUUGAUAUCAAAUACAGUCAAAGGCGAAGUGCAGCUUUAGUUUAAUACGCUAAUGUGCAUGGUUUUUCCACAGAGACAGUGAAAUAUGAUUAUUCAUUUUCUGGACCAAAACUAAAGCCAUACCUCAAUGGUUUAGACCUCUGGGCUAUAGACCCCAAUUGCAUUUAACUGAAUUAUGCAGAGUACGAUCAUAAACCUUUCUAGUUAUUCUAUAAGUACGUGAAUUAGUUGUUUUACUGCAGGAAAAAUUCCUAGAUUGCACUGGAGAUUUAAAUAUGUAAACGUAUGAGAGAAAUUUGCUUCUUUGUGAGCCUAAUUGUAAAAUUAAAAUGAGCCUCAUGCAGUGGUCAAAAGGGUAUAAAACAGCAACGCAGAUUUACAGAGCUGUCCUUUUUGCCCUGGGGGGCUUUAAAAUAGGAGAAAACGGAAUAGAGAACAUUUCUGUGCUGCAUUUGAUGUUAUAUUAAAAAAGAUAUCAAAUAAAAAUAGCGCAUAAAACACAUUCUUUAGUUGGCAGCAUGCAAAAUAUUGUACCAGGCCAGUCCAAAGUAAAAAGUGGAGGGAAAGUGGGUCAUAUUUGAUGUGCACUUUGAUUAAAUGAGGAAAUUAUGAACAGUGUCUAAUGGAACUUAUCUGACGAUCAUUCAAAUCAUUAUUGGCUUUUUUUCCUUUCAUUUUAUGGAGUAUGUUUUAUGGUUGUAAUCAUUUGAACAGAUUUUUAUAAUGUAUUAACAUAUUACCUGCUUUGCUUCUGUCAGUGUGAAAUAGUUUUGAAUAGGGAAGCAGAAAAAAAAAGAAUAUGCACUUCCCUUGUGGGGACACUAUGAGACUUUCAAGUGUGGAUCCAAACAUGUGAAUGAAUAUUAUUUCAAAAUACGUAUGCAGUAUGGCAUAGUUUACAAUGUUGUCUUUCAUUUUAGAUGCCACAACUGUUGUUGAUUCUUGUCAAACGAGUAGAAGUUGGAAAAAAGAACCGUUUGUAAUCAAAUAAUCUACUUUUAACUCAGAGGGUGUGAACCAGUCAUACGGUAUAAUAGAAAACGAGUCACGUGUGUGUAUAUUCGAAGAAAGUAGAACUCAUUUUAUCUUAUUGGUAGAGCCAGUGUCUAGGUUUAGUUUAACCUCUACCCUAGUUCCCACACACUUGUUGUAUACUAAGAUGUGCAGAAAUUAUAAAUGUGCUGCAUGUCAAAUUAAUAUGUAUGUUAAGGUGGCCACUUACCAUAAAUCGAUAAUUUGAGAACAAACCAGUUUGGAGGCUGCUUUGACUUAAUGAAAUGUGUUCUGCACUACUGAACAUCACUAGACCUGUCUGUUGAGCUAUGAUGAAAUGUUCUUUUCAUGUGAAAGUCAUCACAGAAUCGUUUCUGCUCAGUGUGCAAUACUGGGUCCUUUCCUAUGGACUGCAUUUAGACUAUUUGGUUAACAAGUUUACAUUCUUUUGGUACAUUAUUUUUAAUGACAGGAAGACAUGAGAUUUUCUUUCGAAGAAUCAGUCACAGAAUCAUAUAGGCCUCACCUAUAUGUCCCUUCGCUUAUUACAGUCCCGAAAGCCUCAAAGAUCAAACCGAGGGAUGUUAAAUAUUUUAAUGGCCAUGACGGCCUGGCUCUCGCCAUUGUGAUGUAAAAAGUAACAUUGCACUUGCUUAUCAUUAUCACGAAACUCCAUAAUCGCAGAUUAGGGACACCAAUAGCUUGCAUUUCAUUUCGUGAAAUAACAUUUUGACUCCACUCUAGAAGCAAGUACUGUAUAAAAUGUGCCUUUAAAAGUAUUAAUUGAUAUGAUCUGUUGCCAUUCCAUGUCAAACGCCAUGUCUAAGCCUCACGCAUUUGCCAUUCAUAGCUAGCAUACUAGACGAAUCAGUGUUGCGCAGUAUUCAGUCCAAACUAAAAGCUGAUAAAAGGGGCAUUUUUUUUUAAAUCGUCUAGCAAUUUGAGUUGUGUAAAGAUAUAAAAGUAGCACAUGCUCUUUUAAUAAAUAUUGUGAGUCAAACCCUAACAAAGAGCUCAUUAAAGCAUCAUUAAAGCUGUGUAAGUGGAUAUCAAGAUAAAAAAAGCAGACAAGAGCAUUCAUGCAUGCAUAAUUCUGAAAGUUACAGCCUUUCAAAAGAGUCGGUAAAUAACAGGCAAAUGUGCUGCAAAUUUCUCUCUGAGCAUCUAAUGACUUGAUAAUCACAUUCCUGGACAUGCAUUAAUAUUCAAUGACGAGUUGCGAAACCUCACGUCAGGCGAGCGCUAAUUCACAGAGUUGUGACAGACAUAAGGAACCUGCGGUCAUGAAAACCCGAUAGGCCGGUGCUAUUUUGGAAAAGGUUCAAAUUACUGCAAGCAGCACGGUGUGUUGUGGCCCGAGGAGACCCCUUGGGUUCCAACACCUUCCCGGAGUCAUCGCCGUGUGGGAUGAGGUAGCAAUUUCGGUACUUUUUAAAAAACCCUACAGUACGUAUAAGAAAGACUUGGACGGUGGACGUGCAACCGCACGCGUAUGGUCCAAAAAGCCCAAACAUUUAAGAUACUUCGUCUCCUAUCUCGAGCGAAGCUGCUGGCGAGACAGAAUGAGGGUGGUAGGCGGUAUUUCAAUGAUUAAAAACCUGUCAGCUCCAUCUCUGUCUUGGCCAGACUCUUUUGAAAGUCGGUUUGAGAGUGCUGUGUGUGCGGUCAGGGGAGGUGAUUCUUCUGACCUGGCAGUUAAUAAAAUUCUUCCUGUGCCUUUGUCAGUUUCUGGAGGAUGAUUUUGUGGAGUGCUGGAGGGUGCUGCAUUAACCAGCUGUGAGCGCUCACUCUCCCAGCAGCACUCUGGCAGGGCUGACAGUAAUCUACAUAAACCUCUGUCCUUUUCAAAACGCCUGCCAGUAAUUGCAGUUUUGCAGUAUUCUAAUUGACUCCACGGAGCACCGUAAAGAACAAAAACCUAUAAUCCUUCGCGAAGCCCAUUUGGUUCGCGGCUAUUGUGUUAAACCUUCGAAUGAUACGAAACUGAUGACAAAUGAAGCGGCCGCCAUGACUGUACUUAGCCGGUAGAAACAUUCAUUGGCAAAAUAUUUGUCUGGAUAAUAAAGUAGCUGCCAAACUGAGAAUGAGUGGAUUCUAAAGCUUUUUUGUUUUGUUUUGUUUUUUUUUCCUCUCCUCGCCAUCAAGUGUUUGUCAGCCCCCUCGCUCAUUAUUUUCACUGAGCUGGAAAAUAAGUUAGCCAAGCACUGAUGCAGUGGUUUUGAUAAUGCUAAGGAUUUAGCAGAACCACCGUUUGUGUCUCAUCAGGAGAAACGUUUUACUUGAAAAGCAAGGGAUCCGUUUAGAACGCGAGUCCGGGGUUUUAUAAAAACACUGUUCUCUGUUAUUCACUGUUAUGUCUCAUUAGAUGUUGGUUGGCCUGGUAAUUGUUGCUAGCUGUCUUGAAUGGCAUGGACUAUUUGUGUUGGCACCGUUCAUAUCUUAAGCCGUUAUUUUGUGAAGUGAAAUAGGUCCACCAGUGAAACCACCCGUCUGCUACUGAGUAAUUGAGCACAGAGGACACCCGCCAGAACGAUCCAAAUUUACACUAACGCUUUUUGGAAACAUUCGGUGAGCUUUGGUUACUUUUGUAUAUACAUGUUUAUUUGAUUUCGGUACUUUUGAUUUUGUUUCGUUCAAUUUGGUGACUAAGUAAACUGGACAUUGUAACCAUAUUGGGAUGGCUGUACUUUUAUUUCCUCAACUCUUGAAGCUGAAAUUUCUGUGAUGAGAAAUUUGAAAUGGUCAUCUUUACUUACAUGUGUAUGGAGAUACUUUAGCCACCAGGGAUAUAGUUGUAUAUUUUAGGCUCUAGAUCACUGGAAUGACAUAUAUGGCUUUAAGUGGCAUUGAUAUAUAUUGAUAUUUGUCAAGAAAAAAAAAAAGAAUCAUAUACUUUAAUUACUUUAAAGCUUACAUUGUGUAUAGCACGUAUGCAAGUUCAUUUUCAUCAUGUUUGAUGUAAUUUUGUAGCAGUGGUUUGAUACUAAUAAAGUUGGAAGUUGGUGAUGGAACUGUGAAAUGUGCUUUACAUGAAAUGUUAUUCUUUUAAAAUGUACCUGAAAAAGUCAUCUGCAUAUGAUAUAAUUAAGCAAGAACACAACAUGGUGUUUUAUUGCAUUUAAAAUAAAUAUGAAUACAUUCAA